AUGCAGAUAGACAACGUGGCAUUGAGAGGAGUGGCUGCUCAGUCUUCCCUUUUUUAUUGGGAAUAUAGUCCAAGUAAAGUCAUCGAUGGAAACCGCAACUCUAACUAUAACUAUGGUGGAUCCUGCAGCAGCACUGCGUUUAACACCAACCCCUGGUGGAGAGUGGACCUGCUGGAUGUGUACAGAGUGACAGCUGUCAACAUCACCAACAGAGGAGACUGCUGUCCUGAGAGACUUGAUGGUGCUGAGAUCCAUAUCGGUAACUCACUGAAGAACAACGGCAUCAACAACCCCAGAUGUGUUGUCAUCUCCAACAUCCCAGCAGGAGAGACCAACACCUUCCAGUGUAAUGAGAUGGAGGGUCAGUAUGUUGUUGUUGUCAUCCCUGGACAGAACAAGAUUCUCACUCUGUGUGAGGUGGAAGUAUUUGCUACAGUCAAACCUCCAGGUUAA